CACACACUCAUGGUGUUUGUCAUUCUUGUCUUUGUGUGUCUCGUGCAGCUGCUGCUGUCUCAGCUCUGUCUCCAUCCGCUCCUCCGUCUCUCCCGGUGUUCUUCACGCAUGUGUAUCGCUCGGCUCCCGUCGGUCUGCAGGUGUUUCUGGACCACUGUGUGGGUGUGCUGGGAUACGGAGUGCAGGAUGUGCAGGCGGUGACGGAGAUCAGGCGUGCCGUGGAGGAGGCGGUGGAGUUUGGUGUUGACAGACAGGACCUCUGCGAGCGCUUCAUACACCUGGACCUGCCCGAGGAUGGGCGGAGCAGAACACUCCUGCAGUACAUACAGGAUCUGGUGGAUGGGGAGCAACUGGUGGAGGCGGGCGCUCUCUCUCAGAGGCUGGUGUGUGCGGAGGCCGCGUCUCAUUGGCUGUUACAGAGCAGGUGUGGGAGUGUGCAGAUGCAGCAGGCGUUCCCAAUGAGAAGCCCCGCCCAUGACACCCCCCCACAUACUAGAAGACAGACCGUGGAAUCAGAAUUACAGGAGACAGUCGCUGCGGAUCCCGUCUCCACAGACACAGCUGUCAAUCAGACUGUCGCCAGGGAAUCCGUCUCUAUGGACACAGCUGUCAAUCAGACCAUCUCCACAGACACAGCUGAGAGUCAGCCUGUUUCCAUGGAGAUUGAUGCUGAGGAGGCGGUCCAUAAAGAUGACGGAGGCUCAGAACAGCAUAUGUCAGAUGACAAAGGGGUGGGGCUUAACACAGACCCUGCCCCCUCUCAGAUGAAAGACGGAGCUGAAGGAGCUGCUGAUCAGGACACACACGGGUCGGUGUGGUUCGUCAGCCGGCCGUGGCGUGUGGUGGACGGCUCGCUCAAUCGGCCCGUGUGUAAAGGCAUGCUGGAGUCUCUGCUGCUGCACAUCAUGUCCAGCCCGGCGCUGCUCGAGUCCCAGCUGCUGCAGCACUACAGUCAGGUGCUGCAGCCCGUGGUGGUGCUGGACCUGCUGCAGGUCCUGGUGGAUGUGGGCUGCGUGAGGAAGCGCUACACCGUCCAGCAGCACAAACCGUCGCUCUUCUCCAAGCCCAGGGCGCCGCAGGUCAAAGGUCAGGCAGAGGUCAGUCGUAGGGAUGCUGGGACAGUGUUUUACGAGCCGACGGUGGACUGCGUGCUCAGACUGGCGCGGGUCUUUCCUCACGAGCUCAACUGGAACAAAUGGGUGCAGCUGUGUCUGCGUGCGUGAUGCUAAUUGUUUUAAUAUCAUCUGCUUCUGUUCAUAAAUCACAAUAAAGACACAAGUCCAUGAUGUACCAUUUC